AUGCAUGGACCAAGCACACGUGAACUUCUCCCACAGAUCCUUGUCCGAUCUAGUGCAAUCGACGACAUUCUUGGCUUCCAGGAAAACACCUCCAAGACCCAACUCGCCACACCAACUGAACAACUCCUUCCCGUUCUGGACUCUCUCACACCCAACAACUUCCCCCCGGCUGGCACAACCAGCACACUUUUGGGCUUGGUCUACAACCUCCGCACCAAAGAGGCCCCAAGCAUGCCUCAUUUGCUUUGGAAAUGCACGGCGCUACAUACACAACGCCGACACCUAGCACCCAGACCUCCUCAGAACACCAGUGAGGAGCGACUACUGGCAGCGGUCACACCCCCAGACCCCAGACCACUACACCCAACCAACCAAGCAAUCCAAGCACCACACGAUUUGAGACCCCUUCUUGAACAACAGUUCAAACAGGCAGUGCUUUGUGGACAACCGUUGGUCAUUGCCACUGAUGGUGGAGCGAAACAUGGACUAGCUACCUGGGCAGUUGCUGUCGAUGCCGGCACUUUCGCCCGACCUCUACGUGGAGAAGACAACACGGCAAUGAUGGCAGAACUUACCGCCAUCUGGUGCGUCCUCAUCACCAUCAUUCUUGUUGUCGAGCAGUCACAAGCUCAGUGUGAUCUUCAGGUGAUCUUGGCAGUAGAUUGUCAAUCCGCCAUUGAUUUCUUGGACAGAGUGUUUGUCAGCCUGCUUCAGUUAAAUUGCAUCAUCAUCAUCAUCAUUGUGUGCAACAUCGGCCACUUUGACAACGAGAUUGCCAUGGAGGACUUGGAGACUUUCCCUGGCAUCAAGGUUGAGAACAUCAAGCCACAGGUGGACCAAAGUGGGCACGGAGUGCCAUGUGUGCGGGACCAAGCAGCCGCACUGGGAUCAUAUCUGGACUUGCUGCUUGAAUAUGCAGAUCCCGUCGGAUCAGCUUUUGAGAAGAUUUCUUUGGGUUUCCAGGUGGUUACCAUUGAGGAAUGCGUGGGUGAGGUGGACAUUUUCACUUCCGCCACUGGCAACUUCAAGAUCAGUGGGAUUGAGCAGCGCCGCCAUUUGCCACCCACGGGCCCCAACGUUGGGGUGCAGAGCUUGCAAGGAGAUCCUGCCCAUGCUUUGGUUAACUUGUUGAACUUUGUUGAGAAUGCCAUAGCUUUCAAGUAUGAGCACUUUGCACUGAAUGACAUUGUCAUUGAGACAAAUGACAUUGGACAGAAUAACAUCCUUGAUGUGGACAUGUACGACGAUUGCUUGAUGAGGGGUUCAAUCAAGGUUGUUCUGACCCUGAAGGAUGAGGGUUUCAAGCAAUGCUUGAAAGGAGGCACAGCAUGUAGUAAGACGAAGAACAAAAGGAAUCGCAUCAAAGAAAUGAGGAAGAUUGCUUAUGCCCAGACGUCACCUUCAUCCGAUGAAUCCAGCACCAACAUCUCCCUUUUGGAGCCUUCAUGGAUCAAAGAAGAGGAGAGUGGAAAAGAGGAUGAGGAAGAGACGCACGAAACCAAAGCGGAGGAGGGAGUGGUAACCUUGAUUUGCAGUAAAUGCAAAUGUGAGCACCAGCUUGAGGCAAGUCAGUUCUCUGACAUCCGUGAAGGAGGAUUCGAUGAGGAAAACUUUUGCUGCGAGAUGUUCAACCGAAGCUGCUUUAGUGAUGCCUCAUCAGAGUCCGACUAUGAACUUUUUGAAAGAUCGUCUGAAGAGGACGAGAACAACUUUGCGACUGAGGGGGUCGACAAAGAGUUUCCACUUUUUGUUCCGAAGUACAUCGAAGAUUGGAUCCAGAAAGCUAAAGACUGCGACUGGAAUGAGUCUGAAUUUGUACAGUGGCUCAAAGAUUUCGAUGAGAUCAAUGACAAUUUGCACAUCAAUUUGCACAUUUCAGAGGACACAUGGCUUACUACAUCUGCAAUUGAGGACACAUCCCAUGAAAUCCUGGAAGCUGGAGAAGAAAACAUUAGCAUUGGGGAGUUGCUGAAGCCUUGCGAAAGCGAUGAAGAGGAGAAGGGAGAUGCAAAUUCGACCUUGUGCAACAAUAUUGAGAUUGAGAUUGAGCAUUCCCCGCAGAGCAUUGAGGAGGAUGUGGAAGAAAUAGAAGAAAAGAAAGAGAAGAAGGAUGCGGAGCAGAGGGCUCCGAGCAUGAUUGAGGAUAGAAAGGAGGAAUCAGAGAAGAAGGAAGAGGGGCAGAGAGCCCCUGGCAAGAUUGAGGGAAGAAUUGAGACGACAGAGAAGAAGGAAGAAGGACAGACUUUCCCUGCCAAGAUUGUUGAAAGAGAGGAGGCUGAAGAGAAGAAGGACGAGGGGCAGGCAGCCCCUGGCAAGAAUUUGGAAAGAGAGGGGGCUGCAGAGAAGAAGGACGAGGGGCUGACAACCCCUGGCAAGAUUGAGGAAAGAGAGGAGGCUGUUGAGAAGAAGGAAGAAGAAAGAGAGGAGGCCGUAGAGAAGAAGGAAGAGGGGCACAGAGCCCCUGGCAAGCUUGUGGAAAGAGAUGAGGAGGCCGAGGAUAUCAUCGAAGCAUUCUGCAACAUCUAUGGAGAAGAUUUCAGAGGAGGUGCUGGUGGCUCCAACGCCACCAAGAAGAAGAGAGACAUUGGAGACUGCUUGGACAAAAUUGCAUCCAUCUUGAAGGACAAGAUCAACAGCGAAGAAACCAGAGAACUUGAGGAGCUGAUCAAAGAAGCAAAAGGCCAUCUUGGCAACUCAAAGCAGGGAGCCCAGGGUCAGAGCUUUUAUGUGAAGAUCAGAAGUGAGAACAACUUUGAAGAAGGAAAAGGAGGAGGCAAAGGAAAGUCUAAAUCAAAAGGAAAGACAAAGAAGGACGACGAUUUGCCCCGUUUUGACCUUUCUAGAAGAUGGCCAAAAGCUCAACAGACCACUUGGCAAUCCUUGCGCAAAGCGCUUGAAGAAGGUGAGAUCCCUAGAGGAGAGAUUGCCAUUGUCAAAAAUGUUCAACAUUUACGACAACUUCAAACACUUGCACAUGAUCUCAAGAUCAACAAGUCCAUGCUCCUGGUUGCAAAAAGAAUUGGCACUGACGAUGUCCCGGAGACCUGCCAGAGCCUUCUUUUGCCUUGGAUGGGGAACCUCGCAAUGAUCGAUGCAGUUGUUGGAAACCUCAAUAAGCAAAAGCCCAACUUGGAGCAAGAGAAAAUCCAUAAAUGCAAGAUGGAAACAGCCAAGCGGGACGAUCUUGUUUCCCUGCGCUUGACCGCACCUUGGAAAUACAUCAGUGAGAAGAACAAACAGAUCUUGAAGCAGAAACCAGAGUACUCAGCACGACUUCUCAAUGAUGAUCUGAAGGAGGCAAGGACCAAUAAGUCGGAAAGCUCUGACUCACUUCUCAAUGGCUACCUCCUGAUUGACAAGAAGGAGAGUGGCAAAAUGAUGAGAUGCUCAGGAAGAAACGGGAUCUUUGUGACUCGCUUGGCACAGGACAUCACUGUCAAACCCGCUGCGCUUUGGAUCACGAAACUGGAGAAUGAGAGCGAUCAAGACUAUCUUCAAAGGACCAUCCAAGAAGCAAAAGGCGCCUCAUUGACUUGGCGACGUGGAGAUGGUAAUGACCUUGGAUAUCAUUGCAAGGAGGAAGAUAUCACUGACAAAUCAUGGGCUCUUUGGGGCAUUCCUGCUUUCAAUGGCCCUGGAAUGGUCGAAGAAUGGUUGGAACAACAAGGAUGGACACUUAAGACAAGACCCCAACCGCCAAGAGGAAGAGGAAGCCCUUGGAAGAUCUAUGGACAAUGCAAUGAGAAGCAAAGUGCCUAUGCCUACCAGGUUGAGAUUGACCACCAAAUCAGGCGCCUGUCAAGUGUCCCAUGGAAAACAAGUCGCAAGCCUAAGGAGGAGACCUUUCAAGUCAGCGGCCCAAGAUGGUUCAGCGAGCACUUUGAGUAUGAGAAGGUUGGCCCUACACAAAUUGUGGAUCCAACGCAGCUGGACGCCAACAUGGGGGAAGAUGAAGCUGAGGAUGCGAGGAGCCAAGCACUUUUUCAUCUUUGCGAAGUUGACCAAGAGUGGCAAAAGCACUGGGCUCCUGAUGACGCCUGGACUCCACUGACCGAAGAUGGACCACCUGCCAAAGACUUCAAGACCUUUGCAACCGAGACCUUGCAUCGAGACAACAGGUGGAUUUGUCCUUAUGGCUUGAUGGCAGUCGCUGCAGUCAAGAAGGUGCACCUCAUCAUUUGGCAAUACAAAGGCGAAGACAAUGAACCUUGGACCAAAAUUGCUGUGAUCUCUCCCAGCGAUGAAAAGAAGCGAUUUCCCAUCAUUCAUUUGGCAAAAGACGGAGGCCAUUACAUGCCACUGAUCUCUGAUACCAUGCAAAAGCCCGACUAUGACCUUCUAGAGAAUGGUUCAGCUUGGACAACGAAAGGCAUCCAAAGCAUGAUCAAGAAUGAGGCGAAAGAGAUCUUCAGAGCGGGUGGCGAAGAGGAGAUUGAGAAAAGAAGCAAUCCUAUUACUUUCCCAGAUGGAAAAGGUAAACUUCAAGGAAUGAGAGGAGGAGAGAAUGGACCAAAAGGCAUGAACCUCCGCACGCUGGAGUUAGGAGGAACAGGAGGCUGUGGUUGGAGAUCCAUCGCAUUCCAAAUUGUGGCCAUCAACUCCAAAUCUGGCAAUUUGGCCAACUACGUGGAUGGACCUCCUGCUCAAAACUUGCGCACCUUUACAACCGAGACUUUGCAUCGAGAAAACAGGUGGAUCUGCCACUAUGGCUUGAUGGCGGUUGCUGCAAUCAAGAAGGUACACUUGAUUAUCUGGCAAUACAAUGAAGGAGAGGAUGAGCCAUGGACCAAAAUUGCCGUGAUUUCACCCAAUGAAGACCUGAAGCAGCUUCCUGCUAUUCACCUUGCGAAGGAUGGAGGUCACUACAUGCCUUUGAUCUCUGACACGAUCCAGAUCCCUGGCAAUGACUUGCUCGGGAAUGGCAGGGUUAGGAGGGCAAAGGGCAUCCAAAGCAAGAUCAAGAAAGAAACAAAAAAGAACAUCAGAGCAGGCGGAGGAGCAAGUGGUGAGCAUGAUCCAGAUGCCAUCCGGCAUACGCCGAAUUUGAAGCAUGACAAAGCUGACUUUGAGGAGGAGACUAUUGAAGACCUCCUGAAGCCUCCAAGGAAGGCACUGGACACUCCUUUGAGUUCAAAGACCCAGAAGUCUACCAACAUUCAAGAGAUACUUCGAACUCCGAGGACACCUGCAACACCUUUGAGUAUCAAGAAGACUGCAGAGAAGGAUACCUGCAAUCAGAAAGCCUCCAAAACGCGCCAAUGGGCAUGUCCCUUUUGUCAAUUCCAAUGCCACAAUGCAGAUCCAGGCAAAAGAACCCAAGAUAUCAGGACUCAUCUUGACAAGUUCCACGCUGUCGAAGCCAAGAAGAUUAAGGAGAAGAACAUCAAAGGAGGAGCCUCAGCAUCAGGUCGACAUGGCCUUGGAAUUGCCACCCUCUUGAAGCCGAUCCCUUUUCAGAAGAUUUCAAAGCAGGAUGCAAAAAUCAUUUGCCCAUAUUGCAAGCUUGGCACCAUUGCCCAGCCCAACAAUCCUGCGCUUAGGAAGAAAACUUUGAAGCAUCAUUUGAAGACAUGCGCAAAAGCCCCGAAAGGUUGCACUUUGAAGAUGUUUUACACUGCUAGGAUGAAGAAAGAAGGAGGAGUUUGCCUUGGAGACAGCACAGUCCAUCGAGAGAAGAUGAUCCAAGGCAUUUGGAAGAAGGCUGACGAGAAAGCCAAAGAUCUUCGUCAUGAGCCUUUUAGACUUUUCGGUGACAAAGGCCAAGCUUGCGAUGUCAUUUGCAAGAAAUGUUGGCCUGACCCAGUGAAACUUUGGAAGAAGUUCAUCAAGAAGUUUGGCAAAGAAAAGCUCUUCAAUGACCUUGAGCUCAGUUUCCAGCAGCAAGAGAGGAUUGAAGGCCUAAGGAGCAAAGCGGUUAAGGAGGCAAAGAGUUUUGGCCACGACCCUGUCCGUUUGGCCUUUCAGCGAUCUCGGCAAUCGGAUGGCUGCACGGCCUGGUGGAAGACCUGCACUGAGAAGAUUGGAAGUGAGAAGCUCUACAAGAUCAUACAGCUCAACAAGAAUGAGAAAGAGAUGAUCGAGGAAAGCAUCCAGGAAUACACCAGAAGGAAGAAGGAGUAUUCCAAGAUGUCUCGAAUCAAGUUCAGUGAGAUCCACCAGCAUGCAAUGGAGUUUGAGGAAAUGCUCAUCAGACUUGACUGGCAAGGAGGACUGGAUGAAAAGACCUUUUGCUGCGAGAUGUUCAGCCGAAGUUGCAUUAGUGACACUUCAUCCGAGUCCGACUUUGAGAAUUUUGGGAAAUCGUCUGAUGAAGGCGAGAACUGCUUUGCGACUGAGGGGGUUGACAAAGAGUUCACAACUUUUGUUCCUAGUUAUAUUGGAGAUUGGAUCCAGGAAGCCAAAGAGUGCGACUGGAAUGAAUCUGAAUUUGUACAGUGGCUCAAAGAUUUUGACGAAACCAGCGACAAUGCGCACAUCAAUUUGCACAUUUGUGAGGACACAUGGCUCACUACUUCUGCGAUUGAAGACACGCUUGCUGAUGCACAAGAAGCUGAAGAGGAAAGCGUCAGCAUUGAGGAGCUGUUGAAGCCUUGUGACAGCGACGAAGAUGAGCAUUCCCUGAAGAUCUUUGAGGAGGAUGUAGAACAAUGGUUUGAGAAGAAGAAAGAAAGGGGACUUGUCCCUGACAAGAACGCAAAGAAAGAAGAGGAGCCAGAGAAAAAGGAUGAGGAGCACGCUGUUCCUGAGAAGAAUCCAAAGAAAGAAGAGGAGCCAGAGAAGAAGGAUGAGGAAUUUUUCCCUGACAAGAACAAGGAAGAAGAGAAGAUUGAGAAGAAGGAAGAAAAGGAUCAAGAAGCUGAGGAUAUCAUUGAGGCUUUUUGCAACAACUUUGGCGGCAAUUGUCAACAUUUCCCAGAACUCAGAGGAGCUGGCAAUUUUGAGGAGGAGGCCAAAAACGAUGAUUUUAGAGGUGGAGCAGGUGGCUCUAAUGCCACUAAAAAGAAAAGGGACAUCGGUGACUGCUUAGACAAGAUUGCAUCCAUCCUGAAGGACAAGACCAAUGCUGAGGAGACCAAAGAACUUGAGGAGCUGAUCAAAGAAGCGAAAGGCCACCUUGGCAAUUCGAAGUUGGGAGCUCAAGGCCAAAGCUUUUGUGGAAAAACCCAAACGGAAGCAAUUCUGAAGAAGGAAAAGGAGGAGGUAAAGGAAAGUCUAAGGCAAAAGGAAAGACCAAAAAGGAGGAUGAUUUGCUUCGAUCUUUCUCGAAGAUGGCCAAAAGCCCAGCAAACCACUUGGCAAUCCAUUCACAAGGCACUUGAGGAAGCAAGAACCAACAAGUGGGAAAGCUCUGAUUCUUUGCUUACUGGAUACCUCCUGAUUGACAAGAAGGAGGAGAGCCAUCAAGACUAUCUCCAAAGAACAGCUGAAGAAGCAAAUGGUGCACCUCUGACUUGGCGACGUGGAGAUGGCAAUGACCUUGGAUAUCAUUGCAAGGAGGAAGACAUCACCGACAAAUCUUGGGCUGUCUGGGGUGUCCCAGCCUACAACGGCCCUGGAAUGGUUGAAGAUUGGCUGAAACAACAAGGUUGGACACUCAAGACCAGACCCCAACCACCUAGGGGAAGAGGCAGUCCUUGGAAAAUUGUUGGACAAUGCAAUGAGAAACAGAGCGUCUACGCAUACCAGGUCGAGAUUGACAACCAAAUCAGACGUUUGUCAAUUGUUCCAUGGAAAAGCAGCCGCAAGCCCAAGGAAGAGACCUUUCAAAUUAGCGGCCCAAGGUGGUUUAGCGAGCAUUUUGAGUACGAAAAGGUUGGCCCCACUCAAGUUUUGGAACCAACUCAGAUUGAUGCCAACAUGGAUGAUAUUAAAGAUGGCAGCAAAGUUGCAUCACCACCGAAAAAGAAAGUCAAACCAUCAAAGCUGCGUGGAGGAGAACCUGGACCAGAAGGCUUGAAUCUCCGCACACUUGAACUUGGGGGUACUGGUGACUGUGGGUGGCGUUCUAUUGCAUUUCAACUGGCAGCUAUCAACUCCAAGUCAAGCAACCUUGCUGACAAUGUGAUGUCCAAAAUUGCUAUCCUUGGUAAAGCCCUUAGAAGUCAAGCACUUUUUCAUCUUUGUGAAGUCGACAAAGAAUGGCAAAAGCAUUGGGUCCCAGAUGAUGCUUGGACACCACUGACUGAAGAUGGCCCUCCUGCGAAAGACCUCAAGACCUUUGCGACGGAGACUUUGCAUCGAGACAAUAGGUGGAUUUGUCGCUAUGGUUUGAUGGCAGUUUCAGCGGUUAAAAAGGUGCAUCUUGUCAUUUGGCAAUAUAAAGGUGGAGACAGUGAACCAUGGACCAAGAUUGCAGUGAUCUCUCCAAGUGAUGAGAAGAAGCGUCUUCCCAUCAUCCAUCUGGCUAAAGACGGUGGCCAUUACAUGCCCUUGAUCUCCGACACCAUGCAGAAACCCGAUUACAGCCUUCUUGAGAACAGCUCGGCUUGGGCUUCAAAAGGCAUACAAAGCAAAAGCACGAAAGAAACAAAUGAGAUUUUCAGAGCUGGUGGAGGAGAAGGAAUUGACAAGGAAAGCACAGCUAGCAAAGGUGGCAUUGAUGGACCCAAAGGCAUGAACCUCCGCACUCUUGAACUUGGUGGUCAAGGAGAUUGUGGAUGGAGAUCCAUUGCCUUUCAGAUUGCGGCGCUGAACACAAAACCUGAAAAGUUGGCCAGCCCCAAGAUUGUCAGUCUUGGUAAGAUCCUCAAGAACCAUGCUAUGCAUUUUCUUUGUGAGAUUGACCGUGCUUGGGAGGAAAAUUGGAUUCCUGAGGAGACAUGGACAAGCUUGACUGAAGAUGGACCCCCUGCGAAAGACGUUUGCACUUUCAAAACUGAGACGCUGCAUAGAGAAAACAGAUGGAUUUGUCAAUAUGGUGUGAUGGCAGUUGCUGAGAUCAAGAAGGUUCAUUUGAUCGUUUGGCAACACAUGGAGGAAAAGGAGGAGCCAUGGACAAAAAUUGCGGUAUUUUCACCAAGAGAUGAGUGGAAACAGUUUCCUGUCAUUCACAUUGCGAAAGUUGGAAGCCACUACAUGCCAUUGAUUCCUGAUGAAAUUCAGGUCCCUGGCAACGAACUGCAUUUGAAUGGAAGAGUUUGGAGAUCCAAAGGUUUUCAAAACAUGAAGGAAGAAAAGGUUGACAUCAGAGGUGGUGGAAGCCGUAACCAGCAUGAUCCAUUUGACAUGACUGGCAUCCAAUCUCAGAAAGAGACCAUUGAUGACCUUCUCAAGUCACCGACUCCUUGGACCACUCCUGAGAAGAAAUGGGACACGCCUGAGAGUGUGAAGACCCAGAUGUCUUUUAACAUUCAUGAGAUCCUUCGAACGCCAAAGACUCCGGCAACUCCUUUGAGCAAUGCGAGAAAGAAUGUUGAGAACAAGAACAAUUGCGACAUCGACCUCCCCAAGGUUUGUCAAUGGGCAUGUCCCUUUUGUCAGUUUCAGUGCCAUAUUGCAGACCCGGGGAAAAGAACACAAGAUAUCAGAACUCACCUUGACAAAUUCGAUGCUGUUGAGACCAAGAAGAGUAAGGAGAAGAACAUCAGAGAAGGGGUCUCUGCAUCAGGGCGGCGUCAUGGCCUUGGCAUUGCGGUUUUGCUGCAACCGAUUCCUUUCCAGAAGAUUCCAAAGCAAGAUACGAAGAUCAUUUGCCCCUUUUGCAAGCUUGGCGCUGCUAUCAAUCCCAGCAACGCAGCGCUUAGGAAGAAAACCUGGAAGCAUCAUUUGAAGUCAUGCACAAAAACGCCAAAAGGAUGCACUUUGAAAGCACUCUACGCCUUGAGGAUGAAGAAAGAGGGAGGAAUUUGUUUGGGAGACGGCAAGAUCCAUAGAGAAAAGAUGAUUCAGGGCAUCUGGAAGAAAGCGGAUGCCAAAGCUAAAGAUCAUGGCCACGCACCUUCCAGACUCAUUGGAAGCAAAGGAAAAGCCUAUGAUGUCAUUUGCAAAAAGUGCUGGAGGGUUGCAUCUCACGCGAGAACUUGGAAUUCUGUCUGCGAAGGAGAGGAAAUGCAAUCCAGAUCCAGAUUACUUCCAUCAGUGAACCUUUGGAAGAAGUUUCUCAAGGAAUUUGGCAAAGAAAAGCUUUUUCAUGACCACGAGCUCAACACCCAGCAACAAGAGAGGAUCCAAACAGCGAUUCACGAAAGCGACAAGAGGAGAACAAGUUUGAAGAGAAGACCGAAGAGGCAAAGCUAUAAGAAUGUUUCCAAGGUUGAGCACAAGAAGCUGAGACUGGAAGGAUUGAGGAACAAAGCGAUCAAGGAUGCAAAGGCUUGUGGCCAUGAGAUCGGCAGUGCAAAGUUGUACAAGAUCAUGCUGCUCAACAAGAACGAGAAAGAAUUGAUUGAAGGAAACGUCCAAGAGUACAUCAAAAGAAAGAAGGAGUACUCCAAGAACUAUUGA